GUAUGUGAAGGAGACACAAUCGAAGUUGAGGUUAUUAAUAAUCUUCCUAGUGGAGAAGGGACGGCUCUUCAUUGGCAUGGUCUUCAUGUACGAGAAUCGCCGUACAUGGAUGGAGUCACGAUGAUAACCCAAUGUCCAAUCACAUCUUAUACCAACUUCUUGUAUUGGAUGAAAGCUGACCCGGUUGGCACUCACUGGUGGCACAGCCACGCUGGAUUUCAAAGGGCGGAUGGAUUGUUUGGCGCCCUCAUUGUACGACAAGCACCCUCUCGUGACAUACAUUUUUCCAAUUAUGACUACGAUCUCUCUGAACACACAAUGCUUGUUCAUGAUUUGCAGGAUAAUUUAUGGCUUAAUACUAUGUCUAGUUUUCUGCAUGGGGAAUUCAGCGUCCAUCCAGACACGAUGAUAAUAAAUGGAAAAGGCAAACGAAGAACAAUAAUAAAUGAGGAAGGACUUAAUGCGACAACACCCCGAGAAGUAUUCCACAUUUCCCAAGGUAAUCGAUAUCGAUUUAGAUCGAUUAGUAAUGUCGUUUUCAACUGUUUGUUGAGGAUAUCAGUUGAUAAUCAUACGAUGACUAUUAUAGCAACCGAUGGGACCCCAGUCGAACCUUUCGAAACAGAUUGUUUUCUGAUUGGCGGAGGAGAGCGUUUUGAUUUCAUUUUGAAUGCUAAUCAACCGAUCGGCAAUUAUUGGGUUCGUGUUGAAGGUAUGAGGCCAUGCGAAAUGCAACAGGAACUUGCCAUUUUACGUUAUCAAGGUGCUCCUGAUGUUGAUCCUGAUCCUAAUGAAUAUAGGGAAAUUUGGGAUUUUCAAGGGAAGACAGUGAAUUCUAUUGAUGGAACGGAAGUACAGAUUACAGAACUUGUAUCUGCAGGUAUG